ACUCAACAGAAAUUCUGGGACAUGUUGUGAGAAUUCAUUCUUUAGUUAUAACUACAAAAAUGGCCGAUGACUCAGGAAUCCUAUUUGUUUCGAAUGAAUACAUGGGAAUAGUAAUAGCUGUAAUAUCAAGUUUUAUUAAUGGGUCGACAUUUGUACUUCAAAAGAAGGGGAUACUGCGCUCUCGCGACAAAGGAAGGCCGUAUCUCGCUGACGUUGUGUGGUGGAGUGGCACGCUGUGCAUGAUUACUGGUCAAAUUGGAAAUUUCCUUGCCUACAACGUGGCCCCUGCUGUGAUAGUUACGCCUCUAGGAGCUCUCGGAGUUUUAUUUGGGGCUGUACUGGCGUCUUGGAUCUUGGAAGAGCAUUUAAACAUCCUGGGAAAGCUUGGUUGUGUACUAUGUUGCUGUGGCUCUAUUAUGCUCAUCAUUCAUGCCCCUAAAGCAGAAGCAACUUCAAGAGUGGAGCUUGAGGAGAGGCUAUCCGAUCCAGUGUUUGUAACUUAUGCCCUCUUGGUGGUCUUGCUGCUGAUCACUCUUAUUGUCUGGAUCGCUCCAGCUUAUGGCAAGACAAACAUCAUGGUGUUCGUUGCCAUAUGUUCCCUCUUUGGAACCUUCACCGUCCCAAGCAGCAAAGGACUUGGCCUGGUUGCCCCGGACGCGUUUGGCGGAGGGCCCUCGAGCAGCAGGGCCCUGGCUCUCUUCCUGGGCCUGCUGGGGACGCUGGUUGCCAGCAUCCUGAUCCAAUUCUUCUUCAUCAAUAAAGCCUUGGAGUGCUUCAGCUCCAACAUAUUUGAAGCAAUAUACUACGUGACAUUCACAACAACUGUGAUUUUUGCUUCUGCUCUUCUCUUCAAGGAGUGGACUACACUUACAUUAAUUGACAGCCUGGCAAUGCUCUGCGGUUUAACAACGGUGUUUGCUGGGGUGGUGUUACUCCGAAUAAGCCAGGAGGCUGUGAUUACCUGGAAGAAGACCAAUGCACGGGAAAAGACAGAUUGAUGAAGAUGUCUUCAUAUUUAUAUGUGCCACGUUGCAUUUCCAGUAACACAGAUUCUAUUUGCUGUGUUGCACCAUCAGCCACCAUUAAGUGACCAAAACAACAAUGUAUUUUAACUUGUUUUCACAAAACUUGAAUUUGCAAUGACAAUAAUCAGAUGUAAACGCACAGUACAUUUAUUUUUUUUUUUACAGAUACAUUCCAUAAAUUUCAUCAUUAUAUUUUUGUUUUUACUGGGCUUUUACAGUAACGCGGUCAUGGGACUAACAGUUAUAACUUUAUUUUAUUUUAACAUUGUUUUUUUAACCCAUUUUAGACAGGUAAUGAAAUGGGUUACAAAGCAUUGUAAAUAAUUGUUUAUUUACCCUAAAGUGUUACCCACAAGACACUAAUAGGAGCCUUGAAUGGCCUCCUUUUGCCCCAGAGCCAGACUGUCUCAGUGUGGAGUCGCCUACACUUUGACUUAUUCAGCAGGCCUUUGAAUUAUUCAGGGUCAUUUCAGAAGCAAGCUCUUAAGCACAGGAGUUAUUUUGAAAAUUAGCUGUGACUCUUGUCAGAUGACAGGAUUCAUUAAUUCUUUUCUGUGAUCAAUUUAUUUGGUUUUUCUUGUAAUUGGUUUUAAAUGUGUACUUAACGUUCCUUAGAUUUAAAAAAUAUAUAUAUAUACUUUUUAAUAAUGCCAAGCUACUGCAAUUUACUAUGUUUACAAGCUCCAUGAGUCUUCUCAUUAAGUGGUUUGAUAACUUGAUUUAUAAUGCAUUGUACUGAAUCAAAUAAAAUGAAAUACUAAUUGCAAUGACUUGCAUAAAUAUUUUGGCUUUUCUUGGAAAAUGGAAGAAAAUUGGUGUUUGGUCAUUUAUUUAUUUGUUGUAACUAUGCUUCUUGGUAAUAAAUCUUAUACAGUUUGAAAGCCUAAUUCUCUUUUAAAUGCUGUCAUAUUUGU